UUUGUAUUUAUUUCGUUCCUUAUCUGUACGUACAAAAAUACCACAGAUUUAAUGCGUUCAUUUUAGAAAUGCUUUCAAAUUGUAAACUACAGAAAAAUUGUUCCGUGUAUUUUAUUUCAUUUCCUAUUAACUAGCUUUGGAAUACCUUGGAAAAAAUCAGCAUAUGUUACUCAUGGCAACUUCUAGGAAUUUUAUGAAGACGCUUUUAAUUUUACUUUUGUGCUUCUCAUGGAUAAAGGCCCAGUGUCCAUCUGAUCCCAAAACAAUAGAGCCAUGCCAGUGUACCAGUUCUUUACCAGGGCAAGAAGAACUCGUUUGCAACGGCCCAAUAGGCUUGGUACGACUGACCACAGUCCUUAGAAAUGAAAUGUGCGGCAGAACUAUAGGCAAAUUUAAAUUGACCUUGUCGGACAUCGAAUAUCUGCCCAGCAAUCUCUUUUUCAAAAUCAUCGUUAGAGAUAUUCAAAUUUCUUUCACCUAUAUCAGCCACUUCACGAAGGCCGGUCGCUCGGCUUUCUUUGGUCUGGAACCGUAUCUACAGUCUUUGUCCAUGAGACGAGGAAAGCUUGUGGAUGAUCUGGACUGGCAAAAGAUCGGGGAUCUUCAUGCUCUCACGUAUCUGGACCUCUCUUUCAACAAUAUCACUCGAAUACCCCUCGACUGGUUCGACCACCCUCCACCGAAUCUGCUUUCUCUCAUACUAAAAGGAAACAAGAUCAAGACUUUGGAAAGCGGUUCAUUGAGUCACAUGCAUGAAUUGAUAGAACUGGAUUUGUCUGACAAUCAAAUUCAUUCGGUCACGAGAAAUUUUUUUUCGUGGCCAGGGAACGCAAUGAUAUUUCUCAGACUCAAUGACAAUCAAAUCAAAACUCUGCCGAUGGACAUAUUCGAUGAAAUGAUGGGCUUGCGCAGAAUUUACUUGGAUAACAACCAACUUGAAAGUAUACCUGAAGAACUUUGGAGUCCUAUUUGGACAGAUCUAGAGAUAUUAGACUUGAGAGGAAAUCCACUCAAUUGCAAUUCCACUUCAGUGGAUUGGAUUGCAGCAUUGCGGCCGCCGCUUCACUUAUAUGGAUCGUGCCAGAUGCAUUUAGUUCACUGAACAUAUUAUUAUGAUAUCUGUAGUUUUUGCAAUAUUUUUAGAAUAUAUAUUCAUCCAUUUUCGUCCCUUUUAUCGCUUCAAUGAAACAUCUUUUUUAUAAUUCAACAUUUAUUCGAAUUAAAAAUUACGCUUUUUAUGCUUUUA